AUGACAUCCUCAAUCUCCUCCCAAGUAAACACCCACUACUCGAAGCUCGCCCGCGAGACAAACGAGAAGCACUCAAACGAAUGCCAAAAAGUCGCCUUAUCAUUCGGCUAUUCCCUCGACGAACUGUCCACCAUCCCGUCCGGUGCGAAUCUCGGCGUCAGCUGCGGAAACCCGCUUGCGCUGGCUGGACUUAAGGAAGGAGAAACGGUAGUCGAUCUCGGCUGUGGCGCUGGCUUUGACGUUUUUCUCGCUGCGCGCAAAGUCGGGGGGAGUGGACUGGCAAUUGGAGUUGAUAUGAGCGCCGACAUGCUAGACCGCGCGCGCUCAAACGCCUCGAAAUCCGCCAUCACGAACGUAAAGUUCGUCGAAUCAGUUAUAACAUCCAUCCCUCUCGCCUCGAACUCAAGCGAUUGUGUCAUAAGCAACUGCGUGAUCAAUCUCGUGCCUGAGAGCGACAAACCGCUUGUAUUCAGCGAAAUCCACCGGCUUCUCAAACCAGGAGGGCGUUUGGCUGUGAGUGAUAUCUUAGCGAGGAAGGCGAUUCCGGAGCGGUUGUUGAGGGAUAUGAGUUUGUAUGUGGGUUGUAUUAGUGGCGCGAGCCAGGUUGGGGAGUAUGAAGGGUAUUUGAGGGCGGCGGGGUUUAGUGGUGAGUUUUUGUGUGGGAUUGGGGUGUUGGUGGGAUGUUUACUGAUGAGAGCCUACGUGCCAGAUGUUUUGAUAGUUGAUAAGAAGAGUGAUCUUAAUAUAUACAAGGAGAAUGAUCUUCUGCUCGACUCGGGAGCUGGAGGGCAGAAGACGGCAAAACCGCCUUGUUGUGCCAUGCCACAAGAGUCGAAUGCGAAGGCUAUAAGCGGUGAUGAGAACGAGUCUUCGGAACAACCGUCUGAAGAUAUUGACUUUAAUGAGUGGGUUGGAUCAUAUGAUAUCUACGCGGUGAAGCGAUAG